GAUGAAAUCAAAUAUUUCUUUUAGAUAUUUCUGUACGGAAUUGAGCCAGGAUGGCUCUAGCGAUGCUUUGGACGCUUAUCUUGACAUUUCUCGGAUGUUUCAUUUUUAUAUUAUGCAGUUGGUGUUGCUUAAUGUGUUGGGCUUCAUGUCAAGAAUCACAACCUGAUGCAACUCGUCCUGUUUAUGAUACAGUUGUGAACAUUAAUU